CAUGGACCAACUAAACAUACAUACCUAAACGUAGUGCCUAUAUGGCGUGUACAUUAGUUCUCCCUCUAUCUUCUUCCCUUUAAUUAUCUGAUUUCUGUAUCAGUUUGGGAAAAAUAGAUAAUUUAUUUAACCAAUUCAACAGAUUCUAAAGAAGGAAAGUAGGCCCAAAGUAAAGAGUAAACUACAAGGAAAGGUGAAAAUGGUAGCAAGAAUUGAACUAAGACGACAAGAGACAAAGAACAAACUACAAGUAUUUGGAAUGCUUUAAUUCAAGGUGAAGAAACUUAAGACUCUCUGCUAUCUCUACCUAUUUUUCUUUUGGUUUGCCAAACACUCCAUAAUCCAUACCCAAUUCCCACUACCCACCUUAUAAAUCCUUCUUUCUUCUUCCCUCUUCAUUUUUCUCCUCCAUGCAGAUUAUCCUCAGCUCGGAAAGAAAAGGUGGUGGCUCCAAUUGCAAGUAUUUGAAAAGGACAUUGGAACAUGCUCUAUGAUUUGUCCACAUUUUUUCAUGUCCAUUCCCUUUUACAUAUCAACAAUUUGAUAAGCAAACCUUGAGUUGUGGGAUACUCAUCAUGCAAGGAGCUUGGAUUGGCCUCCAAUUGUUUGUACUGAUUUUGAUUAAUCUCAUGCAAAAUUGCAUAUACUCUUAUAUGCUUACUAAUAAUUUUACCUCACCCUUUUACAUACAAUUUACAAACAGGAAUGCAAGAAUUGAACAAAAAAAACAUAGAAUAAGUUCAGAGGAAGUUGAUGAUCCAUCGCCAGGCCCAGGUUCAGGCCCAGGGGUGCAGCUGCUCUACCAAGAAAACUAUAUAGUGUUGGACAAUGGCAUAAUAAAAGUGAAAUUCUCAAAACCAGAAGGAAGUGUGACAAAAAUAGAGUACAAUGGCAUUGCUAAUUUGCUUGAAGAACUCAAUGAAGAAUCCAAUAGAGGGUAUUGGGAUGUUGUAUGGAAAGGAGAGGGAGUUACCAGAAAAAAGGGAAACCUUGACAGGCUUCAUUGUACAGAUUUUAAAGUUAUAGUGGAAACAGAUGACCAAGUGGAAGUCUCAUUUACAAGGACAUGGAACUCAUCUCUUACUACAAAAUUUCCUCCUUUGAACAUUGACAAAAGGUUCAUUAUGCUACGGGGUUCUUCUGGCUUCUAUACGUAUGUUAUCUAUGAACGCCCAAAAGAUUGGCCUGGUUUCACUCUCACAAAUACUCGGCUUGCAAUCAAGCUCAAUAAAGUAUGGUUUAACUACAUGGCGAUGGCAGAUGACCGGCAAAGGCAAUUGCCUCUCUUAGAUGAUCGUUCACCGGAGAGAAGCCAAACCUUAGCUUACCCUGAAGCUGUUUUACUCACCAAUCCCAUUGAGGCAGAGUUUAAAGGAGAGGUUGAUGACAAAUACCAAUACUCGGGUGAAGCGAAAGACAUCCAAGUUCAUGGGUGGAUAUGCAGCAAUCCACCCACUGGACUCUGGCAUAUCAUCCCUAAUAACGAGUUUCGAUCUGCUGGACCCACCAAACAAUACUUGACAUCACACGUUGGCCCGACUUCCCUCUCAGUACUACUAAGUACUCACUACUCGGGCCAGGAACUUGUUGCGAAAUUUGAAGAUGGCGAGCCAUGGAAAAAAGUUCUUGGCCCGCUUUUUGUGUAUGCUAAUUCUAUGUCACAGACAGACGCGGGUGACUGGCACCAACUCUGGGACGAUGCAAAAAAACAGUUGGCUGUUGAAGCAAAACAGUGGCCUUAUAGCUUUGCAGUUUCAGACGAUUUUCCAUCAUCUGAACAGCGCGGUAGUGUUAAUGGUAAAUUACUCGUCCAUGACAGGUAUAUGAAAACUAAUACCUCAGCGGCUAAAGCAUAUGUGGGGGUUGCGGCUCCAGGGGAAGUCGGAUCAUGGCAAAGGGAAAGCAAGGGAUAUCAAUUCUGGACUACAACAGAUGACGAGGGUAAUUUCACCAUUACAAAUAUACGUCCUGGAAACUAUAAUCUCUACGCGUGGGUGCCUGGUUUCAUUGGCGAUUAUAGAAACAACGACACACUCAAUAUAACAGCAGGAAUUUCUAUUGAUAUGGGUGACCUUGUAUAUGAACAUCCAAGAGAUGGACCUAUAUUGUGGGAGAUCGGUGUUCCAGAUCGCUCUGCAGCUGAAUUCUUCAUUCCUGAUCCCAAUCCAAAGCUUAUUAAUAAGCUAUAUCUUACCCGUUACAAGUUUCGACAAUAUGGUUUAUGGGAAAAGUACACUGAGUUGUAUCCUGAUCAAGAUUUAGUUUAUACUGUUAAUGUUAGCAACUAUCAAAAGGAUUGGUUCUUCGCCCAAGUUAACAGAAAUGUUAACAACACGUAUCAAGGAACUACAUGGAAGAUCAAAUUCCAACUUGACAAAAUCUACCCUAAUGGAACUUAUUACUUGAGAUUGGGACUAGCAUCAGCAACUAGUUCCGAGUUACAGGUUAGGAUUAAUGAUCCACAAGAAAAACCUCCCUUAUUUUCGAGUGGACUAAUAGGGUACGAUAAUACGAUUGCUAGGCAUGGAAUUCAUGGGCUGUAUUGGCUUUACAAUGUGAGCAUACCAGGAGACAAAUUUAUGUUGGGAAAUAAUACCAUUUUCUUGACACAAGUUUGGGGUCUUAGCCCUUGGAGAGGCAUAUUAUACGACUACAUUCGUCUUGAAAGUCCUGUUGUUGAUACCAACUGAUUCUUAUAUUUUUGAUUCAUGGAUUAUGUAUGUAUAUAUACUUAGUUCAUACACAAUUAACCGGGAAAAUAGAUGAUAAGAUACUAGGAUUAGAUAUAUUUUGAUUAAGGUGAGAAGAUAUCUUCGGAGAGGGAACAAAUUUUUAUUUUAACAAAAUGAGCUUUUCCUAAGGGUGGAUCUAAAAAAAAUGAUGUCGAUAAUUUAAAU